AACUUGUUCAGGGAGUUCCACUCCACUCUCCCAUAAUGAGGAUAGGGGCAGGGGCGAACAUGGCUGCGUGCUCCUCCGUUCCCUGCUCCUUCCCCGCGAAGCCUGACCCUCACCGCCGAAGCCCCAGCGGCAUCUUAAGCUCUCAUCUCCCUCGGCUCCCUGCUACCCAGUUUCGUCGGCUUCGAUCACUCUCUGCCGCCGCCUCGCCGCCGGCGAGUCGCCUCCGCCCACGAGCCUCCGUGUCCACGUCGCCCGCCCCGUCUAAGGACUACGAGUUCACUGACGGGAACGGAGAGGUGGAGCUGAGACUGGACAUCCAAAAGCUCGGCAUAGCGAGUUCAAAAGAUGUUUUCGUUGAUGUCGAUGACACAUCCCUACUCAUCAGAGCCAAGUCUGACGGGACACUGAGGACUUUGAUGAACGUCCAAACACUGUUUGAUAGGAUUAAGUCUUCCGAGACCAUAUGGUUCAUCGAUGAGGACCAGUUGGUGGUGAAUCUGAAGAAAGUAGAGCAAGAGUUGAAAUGGCCUGAUGUAGAUGAAUCCUGGGAAUCCCUCACUUCUGGGAUCACCCAGCUACUGACAGGGAUCAGUGUGCACAUCGUUGGUGAUUCCACGCACAUUAAUGAGGCAGUUGCUAAAGAGAUAGCCGAGGGCAUCGGGUACCUUCCGGUUUGCACUAGUGAGCUGCUAGAGAGCGCCACUGAGAAGUCGAUUGAUACAUGGGUGGCUUCUGAAGGAGUGGACUCGGUAGCUGAAGCAGAAUCUGUUGUCCUGGAAAGCCUUAGCAGCCAUGUCCGCACUGUAGUUGCAACUCUGGGGGGCAAGCAAGGAGCAGCUAGCAGAUUCGACAAGUGGCAGUACCUUCACUCUGGGUUCACGGUUUGGCUAUCGGUGUCCGACGCAAGUGACGAGGCUAGUGCGAGAGAGGAAGCCCGAAGGAGCGUGAGCAGUGGAAGCGUUUCUUACGCGAAGGCGGACGUGGUGGUGAAGCUCGGCGGAUGGGACCCGGAGUACACGCGGGCUGUUGCGCAGGGCUGCCUCGUCGCACUCAAGCAGCUCACCUUAGCAGACAAGAAGCUAGCAGGGAAGAAGAGCCUCUACAUCAGGCUUGGUUGCAGAGGCGAUUGGCCCAACAUCGAGCCUCCAGGCUGGGACCCUGAAUCCGACGCCCCACCGACCAAUAUCUGAAACAAUCCUCCGCCCAGUUGUAUUCUAGGAGAAUUCUCUGCAUCACCAUUCCGGACUAGUUUUUUCAGUGUAAUAAAUAAGAGAGGAACUUGUCAUCUGUCUGUUGAUGCAUAAAAUGAACUCGACUAACGUUUAGUGGGGUA